AUGGGGUAUGAAACUAUGGUUGACCUAAUAGUUGAGUUAUUCAAGAGUAGAGAAGAAUUAAUAAAAUGGGCUCGAGAAGUUGAGAAGGUCAAUAGUUUUGUUAUUGUGACGUUACGAUCAGAUCAAGGUGGAAAAGAUAACAGGAGCCCUAGACUUAAAUUGGGUUGUGAAAGGAAUGGACACUAUGAUGAAAAGCUAGUAACUGAUGAUGAUUGGAUAUUGACGAUAGUUAUUGGAGUGCAUAAUCACACAGCAGCAGACCAUUUGGAGGGUAAUUCAUUUGCUGGUAGAUUAUCUUUGGAGGAGACUUCGUUAUUGGCUGAUCCAGCUAAAAGUUUGGUGCAACCAAAGGAUUUUGACUAA